ACCUUUUUCUGGGAACCAAGGCUGCCACCCGGUUCAAAGCUGUCGGUAACUGCACUCAACAGUGAUAGGGCAACCCUAGCGCAUGCUGCUGCAAUCGUUCCGUGAACUCGUGUAAUCUAUUCGUUUGUGUAUUAAAAAAGGCGUAAAAUAACUGCCGGUUUUCUGCAUUCCAAAAUGGUCGAGGAAAAGGAGAAUGUAGCCAGUGGGAAUACCGCUGCAGGACAAGAGACGGUCUCAAAGAAAGGAGCCAAGAAGCUGGCGAAGGCAGCUAAGAAAGCUGAGCAGAAAGCCGAGACUGCCGCUGCCAUUGCUGCCGACGAUGCGACCGGCGACAAAGCAGUCGAUCAUGCUGCCGCCCGUUAUGGACUCUCUGAGAUGAUCCAAUCGAAGGAUAAGCGCAGCGAGCGCGAGUUUUUAUUGGUGCCCGAGCUGAGCAAGCAUGUGGACAAGGGUCUGUUCUGGGUGCGUGGACGCGUACACACAACGCGUGCCAAGGGAAAACAAUGUUUCCUUGUUCUACGCCAGCAGAGCAGCACCGUGCAGUGCAUUCUGGCCGUGGGCGAUGUGAUUUCCAAACAAAUGAUCAAGUUUGCCGGAAACAUUCCGAAGGAGAGCAUCAUCGACAUCCAAGCGAAACCUAUCGCAGUUCCCAUUAAGAUCGAGUCCUGUACUGAACAGUUUGUGGAGUUGUCUGUGGAGCAGCUCUUUGUCAUCUCGCAGGCAAAGCCGCAGCUGCCUCUUCAGAUUGAGGACGCUGCUAGGCCUGAGAAUCCAGAUGAUGCUGAGGGACUUAACAUACGCGUCAACCAGGACACGAGAUUGGACAACCGCGUGCUUGACUUGAGAACACCAGCCAAUCAGGCAAUCUUCCGCCUAGAGGCGGGCGUUUGCCGUUUGUUCCGCGAUAUUCUUACCGACAAGGGUUUCACCGAAAUCCAUACGCCCAAGAUCAUUUCCGCUGCCAGCGAAGGUGGCGCGAACGUCUUCACCGUCAGCUACUUCAAGGAAUCUGCCUAUCUGGCGCAGUCUCCACAGCUUUAUAAGCAAAUGGCCAUCGCUGCCGACUUCGAUAAGGUGUUCACAGUUGGAGCUGUGUUCCGGGCUGAGGACUCAAACACGCACAGGCAUUUGACUGAAUUUGUUGGCCUUGAUUUGGAGAUGGCAUUCAAAUAUCACUAUCAUGAGGUGCUGCAUACUAUUGGCAACACGUUUACAGCCAUAUUCAAGGGUCUGCGCGAUAAUUACAGUCGCGAAAUCGAGGCUGUUGGUCAACAGUACAAGGUGGAUGCCUUUAAGUUCUUGGAGCCGCCACUUAUACUGCAGUUCUCUGAGGGCGUGGCUAUGCUGCGUGAGGCGGGCGUGGAAACUGGCGACGAAGAGGACUUGUCAACGCCAAACGAGAAGUUGUUGGGCCGCUUGGUGAAAGCUAAAUACGAUACCGAUUUCUACAUCCUCGAUAAGUUCCCACUGGCGAUACGUCCGUUCUACACCAUGCCCGACCCCAACAAUCCCAUUUAUUCCAACUCAUACGAUAUGUUCAUGCGUGGCGAGGAGAUCCUGUCGGGCGCUCAACGUAUACACGACCCAGAGUACUUAAUGGAGCGUGCCAAGCACCACGGCAUUGAUACUACUAAAAUUGCCGCUUAUAUUGAAUCCUUCCGUUACGGAUGUCCACCGCAUGCUGGCGGCGGUAUUGGUAUGGAACGUGUCGUCAUGUUGUAUCUUGGCUUGGAUAACAUUAGGAAGACGUCCAUGUUCCCACGUGAUCCCAAACGGUUAACGCCUUAAUUGUGUACGCACACAAAACUUCGAUAUUUAAUUGAAUUAAAGUCGCAAGCAAAACUUUUUUUAUUGUUUCCUCUUAACUUUCCAAACUGUGACCCUUUGCUUACCCUCAAUAUCCUUCCUCUACUUAAUGUUGGAAAUCUUUCCUUAAGACUUACAUACUGCAAAGUUGUUUAACAACGAGAAAUGUAAAGACUGUUUAGAGUCAAAUUGUUUGAUACCGUAUGAAAUAAAUCUUUGCAAGUGUGUUUAGUAA